AUGGCGCUCUCCCGCCGCCGCCUCCUCCUCCUCUCCCUCGUUGCCAUGACGGCGGUCACUGGCACCUCCAAGGUCAUCGUGACAAGGUGCUACCCGCCGCCGACGCCCCACCCCAACGGCAGGGGCGCGUUCCACCGCAGUCUUCUCUCGCUCCUCGACGACCUCCCCUCCGCCGCCGCACCGACGGGCUUCGCCUCCAUGCGGACCCGCGGCGCGUUCGCCCGUGGCCUCUGCUUCGGCGACCCCGCGCCCGGCCCGUGCCUCCACUGCCUGUCCGACGCCGGCGGGAAGAUCGCCGACCAGUGCGGCAACGCGGGCUUCCUGAACGACGGCUGCUUCCUGGGCUACGCCGACACCAACGUUUCCUCCGACGGCAUCGACAUCGGUGCCCUCACCUUCUCCGACGACUCCGUCCCGGGCAUCGACGACAUCGACGUGCUGCACUUCUUGGCCGUGGCGCUGCCCCUGGUCCCGCAAUCCGCGAACGGCCGGGUGCCCGCCGCCGACGCGACUGCCACGGCGAGCAACGGCGACAAGGUGCGCGUGCUGGCACAGUGCGCGCCGGACCGCGCCCCGGCGGGGUGCGACCUGUGCCUGAGUGAUGCGGUGCUGCAGAUGGCCACGAGCUGGGGGCUCACCGCCGACGGCGUGCAAGGAAGCGUGGCCGCGGUUCUGGGCCCAGACUGCUACCUCCGUCUCGAGAUAUCGGCACCGCCGCUGAGAGAGAAGAUUCGGAGGAUCGUAAAGGAUCACAUCUUCCUGACUGUGUUCAUCUGCACCAUCGUCGUCGGAGCUAUCCUCGCGCUGGUAGCUCAUUUCUGCAGCCUGGUGAUGAGAAAGGCCGGGAAUUGA